AUGCCUCGCAAAAGAACAACACGGUUGCAGUCGACUAAAACACACGUGAAAGUUGAAUCAGACGACAAGGGUUUGACUGGAAAGGAGAGGACAGAACAGCUUCAACUUUUCUUGAGAGAUUAUGACAGUCGAGUGAAAACGGUGCUGAAAGACAUUGAGAAAAAGAAAAGAGCAAUGCUGGCUUUUAUACAGACAAGAUUCGAACAACAGAUCUCGGACCUACCAUUUGAAAUCAAAGAUAUGACGCUUGAAGAUUUUGCAAAAUGCGGCGGAACUUUUGAAGCUGCGCUGGCAAACGUGAGAGCUCAAGCAAAAAACACCACACACAACAAGUUUGCUGAGCUGCAGAAUUUGAAAUGGAAUUCAACAGAGGAGGAGAAGGUCCUGGAGAAUAUCAUAGAAGAAGGCAGCGAGGAUACAGUUCCCAUGUUUGCCCAACCAACCACGGUUAAAGCUAAAGUAAGAUCCUUGAAAUAUUUGUUUGAGGGCAAAAUGUGUUUUCUGAUGUUUGUUUUUAACAUACAAGGCCACAGAAGGUCACGGUGUGACUUGCCCCCUUCCACCCCUGAACUACCAACCAUGCAGACCCAGGAAUCUCCUCUCCGAUUUAUGACUCCUGUAAGCAAAAUGAGCCAGCCAUUAUGGGGACCAACUCCUCUUGUGACACCAAAAUUCGAUCCCACUCUUCCAGUAACUCCUGAAAACAGCAGAGAAGCCAAGCCUGGCGAGAGGUUCAUGUCGAUGGCAGGAAGUCCUAUACUGGUUACAAAGAACCGACGUAUUAGCGAAGCUGUUGAUAAGAAAGAGAUGGCCCAGCAGUGGUCAGACAUUGCUGGCAUGGAUCUGACCCCAACCCGAGUGGAACAAAUGCUUAAAGCUGUAGCUGAAAAAAUGAACCAAAAAUAA